AUGAUCCUGCUCGGUCUGAAGCUCAGUUUGGUCCUCGUGCUUGUCCUGGGCUUCACGCGCCACCCCGUUGAAGGGAUCUGCAGCGUGGAGUAUUGCACCGACCGCACAAGAUGUCUUCUGUCUAAAGACCAAAGCAGCUGCAAAUGUACCAUUGGAUAUUACGGUGACCAAUGUGACAAAAAUGCACAAAUCAAAGUCAUGUGCGGCAGAAACUACAUAGGAAUUGGAGCGCUACAAGAUUUCUUCGAAUAUCACAAUAUGCCGCUGGAGUCCCUGCACUUGCCCAACAAAUCUUGUCGUGCUCAGAGAGCGGUCAUCGAUGGCGUGCCGUUCUACGUGUCCAGGAUAACGAAAGACGAAUACCUAGCCUGUGGAGGCAAGCCGCUGGAGAAAAACUUCACUCACAUCUCAUAUUCUCUGAGUCUACUGUCAGACCCUCAGGUUAUUGGAAACAUCAUCAGAAAUCCGCUCAUUAGGAUGGACUACAGAUGCGUCUAUCCAUACAUCAGGAGAAUCAGCCUUCCUUUCCCAGUCGUCCCCUUUACCGUUGAGACGGUGAUGCGCGUGGCUGAACUUGACGCCACGAUACAGAUGAUGUUGUACACAGACCACUCCUACACUAAGGCCUACAGUAGUGCCCCCACCAUUGAACUCAGAGACAAGGUGUAUGUGGAGGUGACGGUCACAGACCCGGCAGAUUUCUUCCUCCUCCGCAUUAAUGAGUGUUGGGCCACACAGUUUUCCCAGCCGAACGCCACAGAGGGGUUGUUACACACUCUGCUUCUGAACGGGUGUGUGAACGACAAAACUGUUUCCUUUCAUAACGUGAGCGCGGGACAGUCUGGCCGUAACGGAGAAACUUCCACCAUUCGCUACAGCUUCGACAUGUUUCGCUUCACAGCAGAACCUCACGACCUUUAUCUGCACUGCACCGUACAGCUGUGUGAGCCGGACGACCACCAGUCCUGCACGCCUAACUGCAAUUCGAUCAGUAAGAGAGAAGCAGUGAGAGCAGACCUCUCUGACGGCAUCCUGUCGUACGGACCCAUCAGGAUCGAAAUGCCAGACACACCUCGUUCCAGCAUACUGACGACGGUGGUGCUACCUGUAGGGGUCGUCUGGACUGUGGGCUGCUUCUUAAUCAUCCUAAUAACUGUGGCCAAGGCCGGCAGCAGGAGGCUCAGACAAAUGGAGGAGCAUUGACAAAAAUAUUUGCUGCUUUUGGCAGCUUGAAUAAAACUUUAAAACACGA